ACGAAGUCGGAAUCGUUUCAGCGGCGCACUGCCUGGUUGAACUUUCACCCCUGCGUUUUCUUUUGUUUUGAUGUAGCAGAGCAUUAUUGUUACCCACCAAAAUUCGGUGUUUACUCUCUGUUUGCCAUUGACACAGUCCUAAAUGACACACGGAGUAUGUUUCAAAUACGUCGAUCCAACUGUCGGUCAAAUGUAAAGCUCGUUUAAUAUCUGUUUUUAACUGAAUCAGUCGUGCUAACUCGCCGACGUUAGCUGCCCAGCGUCACCAUGGAGCUUUUUUCUGCCAGAUUUUUCUAAUAUCUCGUUAAAGAACGGGUCGUCAGUCUGAACAUCCGAACAACCAAGUGUGGUUUUAACUUCUCUGACGCCCUUGAAAAGCCUGUUUGGUCCCGUUUAAGACCGCAGAAGACGACGGUGUAGAUCUUUCAAUGGGCGAGGAGAAGACAGAACCUCUGGAUUUUGUGAAGGACUUUCAGGAGUACUUGAGUCAGCAGACCCAACAUGUCAACAUGAUAUCUGGCUCUGUCAUCGGAGCGAAAGACAGUGAUGAUCUCCAAGGAGAACUUGGUCAGAAUGGCCUGGAGCACCCAGCAGUGGACAUGUCCUUAGACGAUAGUUCAGGGAUGUUGGUGGAUGGCUUUGAGAGAACAUAUGAUGGUAAACUCAAGUGCCGCUAUUGCAACUAUGCCACCAGAGGCACUGCACGGCUGAUCGAGCACAUUCGCAUCCACACAGGUGAAAAACCCCAUAGAUGCCACUUGUGUCCUUUUGCCUCAGCGUACGAACGCCACCUGGAGGCACACAUGCGCUCUCACACAGGCGAGAAACCUUACAAGUGUGAGCUGUGCUCCUUCCGCUGCAGCGAUCGCAGCAACCUUUCUCAUCACCGGCGUCGCAGACACAAACUCCUCCCCAUGAAGGGGGCCCGCUCCGCUCUCUCUCACCGAAAGAUGCUCAGUGUCCUGCAGAAGAGAGGAAACUCACUUGGUUAUGGCCGCCGGCUGCUCAUCAACCUCAGCCCGCCAUCCAUGGUAUUGCAAAAGCCCAGCUCAGAGCAGCAUCACUUGGGUGACUUCUCCCAUGAUCUCCCUCCUCACGGCCACCUCCAUCAGGUGGCCUAUAACGGUCUAGGAAAGGAUGCACAAGCUGGUGGAGCGAUUGGAAGUGGCUCCAGAGAGGAGCAAGACAUGGUAUUGGACAACCCGCUGAACCAGCUUUCGACUUUGGCCGGUCAGCUUGCCAGCAUCCCGCCGGAAGCCCAAGGUGCACCGGUAUCUCCUGGAGCAGAAUCUCUACCUGACGAAAAACCCACGUUCCUCGUCCAGCAGCCUGUGACAGCACCUGCUGCCAUCUCUGUUAGUGCGGCUCAAGCUUCUUCUCCCAUCACCCCCGAGCCCAGACCGGCUGCACACAGCAGCUGUAGCCCAGGAGUUGGACCCUGCAGUGAGAGAACCAGCACUCCGAGCGGUACCAACAGCCAGCCAGGGACGCCCACCCCAAUACAGGACCCCCAGAUGCUCCACCACUGCCCCCACUGUCACAUAUAUUUCCCUGACAACAUCCUCUACACCAUCCACAUGGGCUGCCAUGGUUAUGAGAACCCUUUCCAGUGUAACAUAUGCGGACACAGGUGCAGAAACAGCUAUGAUUUUGCAUGUCACUUUGCAAGAGGCCAGCACAAAUAAGGACACGUGGGGGAUGCUGGCCUCUUCUUUGCCCUGUUUUACAUAAUACAAUUCUAGUAUCUGGAACAUUCCAAAGACAAAAUCCCUGCUUUGUAAUUAUUGAACUUUCAUCGUUAUGUUAUGCUGAAGUCAGUAAUCCACAUUCAGAGUGUAGAUUUUUUGGUCUUUGAAAAGGUUCGAAUGCUAAUGGUACCCUCGCAUCAAAAACUAUCAUCCCUGAUUAUUCCAGUUCGAGAUCUUGAGAAUUUUCUUUUUAAGAUUUUGCCUCAACUCUCUUGUAUAAGUGCCAGAGUUCAGUAAUCAGUGCCUACAGUUAUUUUCUGAAAGUUGACACUUACAAUUUUUUAUUAUUUUUAUUUUUUACAUUUCAAAUUCAGUGACAUGAAUGAAAGUAAGAGUUAUGGCUAUUCUUACACUUUGGAUUUAAAUGUAGUAUAAUGACAUUGCCACAUUUAAUAUUUUUGUCUUCUAAUUUAAAAUGAUCGCAAAUUAUUACUUGUUUUUUGGUUGAGAGAGCUGCAUUAUUUAAACCUAACUUAAAUCAGCAACAUUGUGAUUGAAGAUGAAAAUUUCUAGCACAGGUAAGUUGACUGUUUAGCACUGAGAAAUAGUGUCCUGUAGGAUUGUUUUCCAAAUUUACUGUAGUGGUCUGAGGUCUUCUCUUUAAUUCAAAAGGGUUUAGCACCAUCACACAUGGCUGUAUACACUGGGUUUGUAAAGCAGUGUUGAUGAUUGUGUUCUGGGCAGUGUGAGCACACUGUUCUCUCUCUUUCAUUUUCUCUCCCUCAUCGCUACCACCAGUGCCAUGCUGUAGAUGUUAUUCGUAAUGUUUUUGGAAGCGUCUGUGGUGCUACUAUUUAAACAUUUCAUAUGCCUGUCUGCAUAAUUAACUGAAUUAUCAGAUAAGUAUUGUACAACAUGUUUUGGUGGAUUUGAUGUUGAAUGUCAAUAAAACCUGACUUAUGC